CACGGUGCUGACAGCAAUACAGACAUUUCCUCUCGACGAUCUACAUCAAUCAGCUUUUGGAGAAGCUUCCAAAGAAUAUCCAGUCAUUGUAUCGGCCGACAUUAGCAGCAAACUGGGUUGGAAUCUGCACGUGGAACCACUGCGAAAUCGAGAAAAAGCAAGAAUCCGCACUCCAGCUGGUUCAACGAAGAGACCAGCCGUUAAGCCCGCUAGGUCUGUCAGGUUUUCAUACCAUGAAGAUCCAGCCUGGAAAAUGUUACUCGCGGACACCAAUAGGUUCGUCGACGCCAUUGACAAGCAGCUAAAGCCCACCAACUCCACGAACGGUGUGUCGUCCCAGCUCGAGCUCGCGGUGAUCAAUGGCCUGACAAAUGCUUCCGACGUUUCAUCACCUGAAAACCGCGUACAUACGCCAACCGUCACGCCGUCGUGCCAAAAGGGGACUUCCCGGUCAGUUGUGGAAGGCUCCAGAGUACGUGUAGUACCCGAUGACGUCGCUGCAUUUGCCCGUGGACCGGGCCGUGCUAUACCAAGUGCUGUGUCGAAGCGUUUGUUACUAAACGCGAGUCCACUAGCGUCAGAUAACGGCAGCGCGAGCGCAUUGGCCAGCCGAGUACCUUUGAAUCAGUCGAGGGUAUACGGUUACAAGGUCCUAGCGGCAGAGCCCAGCGUUGGAUCUAAGAGCGCAGGGAACACUUUUAGCGGGCAAUCUUCGUCGGUGAUCGCCUCAACAGCCCCGAAGAGGCCAAGACUGCUUCGCGGCAGACCAGCUACUAUCAAGCUAACCGCAACAACGCGGCUCUCCAAGUUUCCAGGGGCAACCAGAACCAGUGAGACGAGAACAGGUCACGACUCAGCCCACCGAGUUGACGCCGCAACAAAACGUGAUGACGGCGCUAUAUUAGGACAAGGAAGCUCAAACAGCUCCAAGCCCCGGAGAAUGCGGCGCAGGAAAAAACGGCCGAAGAUAAACCUUUUCCAACCAAGACAGCGCAAGCUGGCAGCAGACGUGAAGUGGCCCCGACGAAGCAAGUGCCGCACUGUCGGAGCACGGCGGCGCACCUGCGAACCAGACCAGCGGAGGCUGGAGGACCACAUGACCGACUCGUCCGUGGUUCGACCGCGAGUGUACGGCUUGGAGCCCGUCGUCGGGAGCGAAGAGCGGGAACAGCAGACGAGGCAGCCUGCCGUGAAACGCACUCGUCAAGUGCACCGGCCGCCCGAAGAACCGACGAGUCGUGAGUCGCGAGAGGAUUACUACGACUAUUCGCCGGAAUACCACGCCGAAGAAGACUACCACCACGACUCGUACCCCGAAGACGUCAGCGACGAGGAUUCGCAAGAACUGGGCCGUCGAGAAAGUAAUCUCGCAAGCCCUGAUGCACCGGCACAGAAAGGAGGCCUGGCGAAAAUCGACGCCAGCUCGACCUUAGAAAAAGCAGCCGCUAAUGAUGUCGGAUCUGACUACGAAUCGAUAACGGGCACUGACCGUUUAAACUACAGUGACGCAAGCAAGGACGCAGUGGAUCCGGCAAACCAAAGCGCAAGCUCCCGUGCGCUGAACGACACAGUGGAAGGCUUUACACUUCUAAUUGAAAGUGACGGCGAGCUCGCCUCCGUCGGAUUGCGUCGAGACCCACCGAAUUCGACAAAUGUCGAGCGAGGUCCGAGCCGUGACUCCGAUGAAAUGAAGCUACUGCACACAGACCCAACGCCGGCGGCUGCGUCGGAACUUGCCGCCAUGUCGGGUGUCCAGCUGAUUCGCGAUGCAGACAUCAUUCACGGAGGUGCACACAGUACUUCGAGCGAUCGAAGAGAGGACACAGGAGCAUCCAAAUUUUUCAGUUUUGCAGAAGUUUCUGCACACGGACAGCACCGCUUUGGCUACAGGAAAGGCAAUGACCAACAUUUCACUGGAAGGCUGGAGCUGGCUGACGGCCCCCGUGUCAAAUCUGUGGUUGUGUGGGCAGACAGAAGAGGAGGCCAUGGAAAACAUAUCUGGGACUACAACCACAAGGACUGAUGACAACACACUGGUGUUAUAUUUACACAAAGUGUCUGUGCUAACUGCUUCAAGCCUGCAACUGCAGUAAAGCAAAACGUCACUGAGCAAAUAUUAAGGGCUCUCAAAAAAAAGUUCAUUUAAGUAAACAUAAGUACAUGAGGUUGCCAGAGACAGGGAUAUAUAUGUUAUCAGGCAACAUUCUUCUGUCCUCUGAUUACAGACUAAUUAAUUAAUCAACAUAAUGCAUUUGGAAUUUUUAUUGUAUACUGAUAAAGAAAACAAAAUGCAAGUCCCUGUCCUUUAGACAGCAUAUUUAUUUGUUAUUGCUAAUUUGUCCAGGUUCUUUUUUAUGUUCAAGUUCACUGCAAACCCAUAUUUCUAAACUUUUCCUGUACAGCAAUAAAAAGAACCUGUACACUAAUAUUUAUACAAAGAAUUUAGAUGUGCUAGUUAAUUCUUCACUGCAAGCGCUAUAACUAUAUUACAAGUGCGAAGAAAGAUUAAAUUUUGGAUGAUGAAAGGCUAGUGUGUUUCUUUAAAUCUAAAGUACUGCCAGUGGAUUAUGGUUGCGAUGUGUACAUACUUUGUCAUUUACUAAAUGUUGCAGUGAGCAUAGCUUCUCCUAUUUCAGUUUAGCUUCCUUUGUGAGUUUAAAAUUAGAAGUUUUGGGUUAACCACUUAUCUCUUAGAAUUUCACUAGCACAUAAUGAGAUCUUCUAAUUACCAACGUGGUCUUCUAAGGUAUUCUGGUCAGUUGUGGGUCACAUAACUUCCCCAGUACGAGGCAGCAUCAGAAAGCUUUGAGACUGGCUCUGUUUUGAAAGAAAAGUAAUUUGUGUGCAUUAAGACACUGUCACUAUUGAAAUAGUCCCCUUGCACAGCAAUACAGUCCUUAGUCCCCUUGCACAGCAAUACAGUCCUUCCAGUAUUCCUGCCACUUUUCAAAUUUUAAUGGAAGUAUUCUUUCCUGCAUGUACAUAUUAGUAUGUGUGACAGACGAUUACACGUCCUUGUGGUGUGUGUUUUGUUUGUAGUUUGCAGUACUGUGCAUGUUGUACCUGUAGGGGCCAGUAACUAGCUAUAACAGCUAAAGGCCCAAAUGGCAAUUACUGUAUUUUGCAUGUAAAGAAUUACAUUUUUUUUUAUUGACAAAUAAGGUACCUCAGUGAUUUGUGCUCGAUUUCAGCUAUUGUGUCAAAAUGGCGACCACUGGGCUGGGUUUUAAUGCGAUCAGCAUGCUUAGGGUACAUCACAAACUGUCUGGGGGCUGACUAUCUAUCCAUCUAUUUCUCUAUUUCCCGCCAACUCAGAUCACUAAGUACUUUAUAGUCUAUUGGGUAGCACAGUUUUCUGUCAUGCUGAGGGAACAGGGUUCGAAACCACUGUCGGAACAACUUUGUUCACUGGCAAGGUGCUGCUGUUCAAUGAACCUCCUUAAAGGGUAACUCUGGCGUUUUUCUAACCAUAUUAGGGUACUGUCAUUUUCAGAUGGCAUUGACAGUCCUGUCACCGAGAGGGUGGCUCAAUUUGCUUAUAAAUUCAUCAAUAAUUUUAAAUAAUCAAUAAACAAGAUACCAAAACCGAAACGUGUAGAUGCUUCGUGUGACGUCGCGAUGAUUCGAUUACGUCAGAUCCUACACUACCACAAUGUAAACACACAGAAUGCGUGCUAAAUACACAGUAAACGUGGCGCUAACGCCAAAGAAGUGAUGCGAUGAGCCUCCUGACGACACAGGGAACUUGUACAGAAUUUCUUAACCAAACAGCGGCGGUUUCAGCGACAGUGGUAGUCUCCGACGUCACAAACACAGGGUGACCAGUAGAAAGUCAUGAGUCGAGAACGCAACCAAUCAUUAAAAUUAAUUCUCAGGAAAACUAAACGACUUGCAGCCAUAUUGUUCGCCACAGAUAAUCAGAGCACAAAAGAGAACGUAUAUUCAAAUUUUCAUUAAGAUCCGUGAACAUCGAAAUAUCGCCGGAGUUGCCCUUUAAAAGGCCCGUGAAACUGUUCUGACAAAUUUUGUAGAUGCGUAGUGUACAGCUAAAGUUAAUCAUUUGCACCAAAAUUUGUGUGAAACGUCUCAUAUUAAGAGAACUACAAACGAUUGCAAGUUACCAUCCUCCAUAGUCAUGCAUUUUCUCCUCAACUCGUUCGCAGAGUGAUCAGGGCUAAGCUCCGCCUUCACUGGCUCUGCGUCAUGAUGGCCCGUCGUGUCGUCGACUUCCGGUUCUCUAGGAACAAGCAUGCGACGCCUCUCCAAACUCUCCGCCAGUCAACCCCGAGCGAGAGCUAUCGAAGCAGCGCGCGUUGCGAGCAUUCUGUCGCAGCGCCGAACAUGUCUGGUAUUCCGGUAACCACAGGCUAGCUGGGCGUUUCGACGGAUGGCUAGAGGCAUAAAUUCAAGCUGAUGAAGGAACUUUAGCGUAGACAUACGUGAGCUGCCUGAUCGGUCUCCACGGUCCAGCCACACGUUGGCACAGAGCUUAACCAGCCAAAGAAAGAGCUAAUAUUGCUCUAACCAAGUGUCAAAUAUAAUAAACAUUUACAAAAACAAUGUGUUAAUGAUUACACUCCUGCAAAAAUUUACACCAGCAGCAAAGAAGACUACAUUUUGUUGCUGCUACUGUGUGUGGUUGAGCUCUGUGCUACCAGGCGGCUGCACCAUGCAGACCAUUCACAUUUGCACUUCUGCUCAUCCUGUUAAACGGCACGGUCAAGCGGCCAGGCCCUGUCCCACUGCUCUUGCGUUUACCCUAAUACCAGACUCGCAAAAUACUAUUGCAUUAGUAAUCUUCCGGUAUAAAGUGACGGCCUCAAACGCACAAAUCCUGGCGCCGAUCGUAUAGCGGCAGUCUGAUGCACUGCUGCCAGUCCGCUCGUGUGCUGCCUUGCAGCGGCACACGAUGUUGCAACUUGACAUAUUGCCAGUCGCUACUUUUGCAAUCCACAACGCAACAAAGUCGAAUCAUAGUGCUCGCGAAAAGACUGAGACCGACUCUGACCGCAGAGCUCUCGUCGAAAUGGAGCACGUUGUAACACAAGCAGCUGACGCUUGCUGUGUGCUGGAAGUGCUUAAAUGUAGUGAGAUAUUGUUCUAGUGCACUCUCUUUCUGUUACUUUCUUUUUAUAGAAACAAAUUAACUAACAUUCCAACUAUUACGAACAUCAUUUGUGCACCAUAAAGGUGGAAAAAUUAUCGAUGACGCGUGCCCUGGGCAGCCAAUCGGAUAGCUCGCCCAGUGACGUCAAUUGGGUGACAUACAUAAUAUGGGUAGGGGCGGCUGAAAAUUCUGCCGAGCAGUGUGCUGCGAUCGGCACCGAUGUACAUUUUUAAAACCUUAUAAUAAAUUACACGCUUAAGCGGAGCACUUAGAUGCGUCAAUUAAUGAUCAGAGGGAUCUACUCUAACGACACAGUAUGUUUGUACAAUAUCGUCAAAAUCGUUUCAGGGUCCCUUUAACGUCAAUGUGGCAACUGGCAACAAUGUGCAAUUGGGUAUGAGUCAUAUGAACCUUAAAAAAACCUCUUUGACAUUAAUUUGCAUCACUGGGUACGUGCAACAGGGUAUGUGCCAAACUUCAGUAAUUUUCUUCAACGGGUAUGUGCCUCACAUCAAUGAACCUCUCUGGUGCCAACUUGGGGCCACUGGGUACAUGCCACUGGGUCUGUGUCGUUCCUCAUCAACAAAAACCUUGAAAUUUCUCCAUUGUUGGGUGGUACUAGAUCCUCGUCAUAUAUAUUCAGACAAUCUUCUCUGAAUAUAUAUAUACUCACACAUGCACCAUAUAAGAACUUUUCAAUGGUGCUGCCAGAUGGCACAGUGUGUCAAGAGAGUAGCCAGGCUGCAUACAUGUAUCAUACAUGAAGUGUUUUGGUGGUCGUACUAUAGAAUUUCACUAAAUUGCUUCAAUGCUAAUUGCAUUAAAGUCAACAUCUGUCGUAAGAUGGGUUCUGCCGAAAUUUUCUGAUUUUGAGAAGAGAGCGAAAUAAGCACGCACCAAAUCUGAUGAGUAGGGUGAAUAUGGAAGCAAAACCACGUUUCCGGCGAGACGCGUGUGUGUGAUCUGCGACAGGGUACAUUGUCUUCAUGCAGCACCCAGCUCCUCAUCUGCGCCAGAUCAGGCUGUUUUUGCCGAACGUCCUCACUCAGAAGCCCUAAGAUAUGUCAAUAAAACUUGCUGCUCAUAGUCUGGCUAUUCAGGACAAAUUUAUGAUGCACAAUACCACCAAUGCCAAAACAGGCAAUGAGCAUGCACUUUGUCAAGCUGCGCACAUGCCCAGCCUUUCUUUGGUCAUGGAGAUGUUGGGCUUUUCCACUUCAACUGUUGCUUCCUCUCAAGGUUGUACGUGUACACCUAAGUUUCAACCUUAGUGAUGAUCGUCGGCGUGAAAAACAGGUCAUUCGUCAAGUUUUGGUCCCACAUAUUUUGCUCUUCCCAAAAUUCAUAACCUAGCUCAAAGGUCACUGUUCUGACAUGAUUCCUGAAAUCAAGCAUAGCUCAAAAAAGGUGCUGAACUCAUAUAGGAAAAGAUACCUCCAGUAAAUAUUCGGAAAAUAGCAACAACACCAGAAGUACUGUAUUGCUCCGCAAGGGAAAUAUUAUGAAGGUGACAGUGUUUGAAUGUGCAUAAA